CACUGACAGAGGAAGGCGAGAGAUUCAGUGUGUGUGAGCUUUUACCUGGAAAUGUAUGCAUUUUUGCUACAUCGUUUAUGUGACUUUAUAUUUUCCACUGAGGUAACUUCGUUUUAGCCUAGUCGGACUGAUCAUAUACCAUAUUCCCACAUUGCUCAUUGUUCUGUGCCUGUGGAGAUGGUGAGUGUUCCGGACGCAGGUGUUCUUCAGGAUGGGGAGACUGUAGUCGAGGGGCCAAUAGGACCUGAGGACUGGAGCGAGAUGGCGAUGGAAGCUCGGUGUCAGGCUGGAGAUGAGAAGGCUGACCGGUGGCGGACUCUGGGAAUCGUCUGGAGAAACGUUAUCCUCAUGGCCCUUCUGCACAUCGGAGCGGUGUAUUCCAUCCUUGUUAUCCCCAGAGCGAGGCCCCUUACCUGGGUCUGGUGUAAGUCUUAUCUGCCGGAGAUAAAUAACUUGCUGUGUGUAGGCUACCACUCAUAGCGUGCUUGUGCAACUUCUGGAAAUUACCUCGGUGCAAGCAGGUGCCACUGAAUACGUGAUGAGAUGCAUGUUAAAUGUAGCCUACCCGACUACCAAAGAGUAUGCUAUUUAUGUUUAACACAUAUUUAUGAAUAAACGAAGAUGCCAGCACUAUAAAUAAUGAUUAUUAUUGCGCCUGUGAAUUUAAUUUGCUCUUAUUGCGCCUGUGAAUUUAAUUUGCCCUAAAAAAGGCAUAAUGUGUUUUUCUCAAUGUUAUAGAGCAGAGUAACCCCUCUAAUUACUCUGUAACGAUCAGCUAUUUUAGAGACAGAAAUUCCUCUGAUUUCAUAACUGAAAAGGUAUUGUCAUAUAAGACGUGUUUAAUUCAAGUAAGCAAAUAUGUAGAUUUAUUAUAGUGUGUGUGUAUAUAUAUAUAUAUAUAUAUAUAUAUAUAUAUUUGGCAGCGAGAGCUUUUAGUGAGAUAAUUGAGAUGACAAUUGAACAUCUUGAACAGAUUGUGCCUUCAAAAUGUAGUGGCAUCAAGUACGCCCCAUGUCAGAAACAGCGGGCAUCUUGUUUUAUAAGGGUUUCUAAAUGAAACCUGAUUAAACGAUAAAGUGAGGAAGUGUAUUGAUGACCUAAAACAUGAAUAUACGGUAGGUAAUAUCCCAAACUAAUUUAAAAUAAUAAUUUAAAAUCAAGUUGUUAUCUUCUACCAAAUGACCAUGUUAUAAUUAUUAGCUACAUCCUCAUUUUGAGCUGUUAAGAUAUUAAUUGAGGGAUAACCAUAAUCUGUAAUUUGUUUAUUUUCUUGGAAUGCGUUGAAGCUUGACCAUGUCCAGUCACAGUGUGGCCUGCCCUGUAGGAGCAGUGUCUGUGUCACUCUCUGGGUGGGUGUUUACCAUGCCCCAGUCAGUCAUCACAGUGAUGCACUGUUCUUCUAAUCAAUUCCACCGAGACAUCAGACAGCACAGCUCUCCAAGUGGAACACUUUUCAUUAGUCUAAUCAUUAAUCGUUUGAACAGGGGGGAUACUAUUUAUAGCUGCACAGCCUCCGGUUUAUGAGCCCUCAUUAUUCAAAAGCACCUUUUUUUGUGAACUGGUAUUGCUAUUUUUGGGGUAUUUUUUUAGGAUCCCCAUUAGCUGUUGCAAAAGCAGCAGCUACUCUUCCUGGGGUCCACACAAAACAUGAAACAUGACAUAAUACAGAACAUUAAUAGACAAGGACAGCUCAAGAACAGAACUACAUAAAUUUUAAAAAAAGGCACACGUAGCCUACAAAUCAAUACAUACACAAACUAUCUAGGUCAAAUAGGGGAGAGGCGUUGUGCCGUGAGGUGUUGCUUUAUCUGUUUUUUUAAACCAGGUUUGCUGUUUAUUUGAGCAAUAUGAGAUGGAACGGAGUUCCAUGCAAUAAUGGCUCUAUAUAAUACUGUACGCUUUCUUGAAUUUGUUCUAGAUUUGGGGUCUGUGAAAAGACCCCUGGUGGCAUGUCUGGUGGGGUAAGUGUGUGUGUCCGAGCUGUGUGUAAGUUGACUGCAAACAAUUUGGGAUUUUCAACACAUGAAUGUUUCUUAUAAAAAGAAGAAGUGAUGCAGUCAGUCUCUCCUCAACUCUUAGCCAAGAGAGACUGGCAGGCAUAGUAUUUAUAUCAGCCCUCUGAUUACCAUGAAGAGCAAGACGUGCCGCUCUGGGUGCCAGACAGAGAGAUUUGGAUUAGCAUAAACUCUCAGCCUGGUAUCCACCUGUAAUAUUUAUUAACCUGCUGGCCCUGCUGCUAUCUUGGACCAGGCCUCUCUUGCAAAAGAGAUUUAAUCUCACUGAGACUAACCUAGAUAGAUGAAUGUUAAAUAAAAGAGAGGAAUGUGUUUUUUAAAGAUGACACUGUUGUGUGCUAUGAGGGAAGAUUAUAUGAUUACCUGCUUUAUUAGAAAUGCAUAUAUAAUCAUUUGUAACCAGCUAUUAGAAACUUGAAUAAUAGUAGAGUUCUCUGUUUAAAGGAACAGAGGAGACAUACUGCUGAGCACACAGGCAAGGUGUGAGACGACAAGAUGGUUUCACACCUUCCCCCGCCUCAGGGUUGGUUCCUCUCUCCUCCUUUCAGCCAUUCUGCGCGUACGGCCAAGAUCUGGCAACCAUAGAUAGCUCACGGAGCAGAAACAGACUCGUUAUUGUUCUAAAGCAUCCUCUUCCUGAGAAACUAAGCCAGGGUGGGGUAAACAACACCCGGUGCACUCGACCACAAGGUUGACACAAAGUGAUUGUGAAGCCCAGGUGCCCCGGCGAGGAGUGGAAUCAACCAUGUCUCCGCAGCUCCUAGAUUGCUAUAUAAAGACUCUGCAUUCUCCAUAUUGUUGAGCUCUCGGCCUUCCAGCUUAGAGUGUAUGGUUGACCAGCUUCAUUAUUGCAAUAAUUAAAUAAAGAUUAAUUGUUUGAAGAAACUACUGUCUCUCCACAACAGAAUUUCCACAACAGUGCCCAGGUGUGUAACAGGCUGGUAUUCACCUAUAUAUUGUUGUUUGUUAAUGACUCUGUUGUGUCUUCUGGUGUGCUGUUGCAGCCUACGUGUGUUUCAUCGUUACAGCCCUGGGGGUGACAGCAGGGGCCCAUCGGCUGUGGAGCCACCGCUCCUACAGGGCCAAGCUUCCUCUCAGAGUCUUCCUCGCAGCUGCCAACUCCAUGGCCUUCCAGGUUAGCUCCUCUCUCCCUCUGCUGUUGACAUCCCCUGAAUAUAUUUGUUAAUUACUUCAGGUGGGAGUCACUCAUUAGAGAACCUGUGUAAACCAUAAAGCACAGGGAUGAAUAUACAGUGGGGGAAAAAAGUAUUUAGUCAGCCACCAAUUGUGCAAGUUCUCCCACUUAAAAAGAUGAGAGAGGCCUGUAAUUUUCAUCAUAGGUACACGUCAACUAUGACAGACAAACUGAGAAAAAAUAAUCCAGAAAAUCACAUUGUAGGAUUUUUAAUGAAUUUAUUUGCAAAUUAUGGUGGAAAAUAAGUAUUUGGUCAAUAACAAACGUUUCUCAAUACUUUGUUAUAUACCCUUUGUUGGCAAUGACACAGGUCAAACGUUUUCUGUAAGUCUUCACAAGGUUUUCACACACUGUUGCUGGUAUUUUGGCCCAUUCCUCCAUGCAGAUCUCUUCUAGAGCAGUGAUGUUUUGGGGCUGUCGCUGGGCAACACAGACUUUCAACUCCCUCCAAAGAUUUUCUAUGGGGUUGAGAUCUGGAGACUGGCUAGGCCACUCCAGGACCUUGAAAUGCUUCUUACGAAGCCACUCCUUCGUUGCCCGGGCAGUGUGUUUGGGAUCAUUGUCAUGCUGAAAGACCCAGCCACGUUUCAUCUUCAAUGCCCUUGCUGAUGGAAGGAGGUUUUCACUCAAAAUCUCACGAUACAUGGCCCCAUUCAUUCUUUCCUUUACACGGAUCAGUCGUCCUGGUCCCUUUGCAGAAAAACAGCCCCAAAGCAUGAUGUUUCCACCCCCAUGCUUCACAGUAGGUAUGGUGUUCUUUGGAUGCAACUCAGCAUUCUUUGUCCUCCAAACACGACGAGUUGAGUUUUUACCAAAAAGUUAUAUUUUGGUUUCAUCUGACCAUAUGACAUUCUCCCAAUCCUCUUCUGGAUCAUCCAAAUGCACUCUAGCAAACUUCAGACGGGCCUGGACAUGUACUGGCUUAAGCAGGGGGACACAUCUGGCACUGCAGGAUUUGAGUCCCUGGCGGCGUAGUGUGUUACUGAUGGUAGGCUUUGUUACUUUGGUCCCAGCUCUCUGCAGGUCAUUCACUAGGUCCCCCCGUGUGGUUCUGGGAUUUUUGCUCACCGUUCUUGUGAUCAUUUUGACCCCACGGGGUGAGAUCUUGCGUGGAGCCCCAGAUCGAGGGAGAUUAUCAGUGGUCUUGUAUGUCUUCCAUUUCCAAAUAAUUGCUCCCACAGUUGAUUUCUUCAAACCAAGCUGCUUACCUAUUGCAGAUUCAGUCUUCCCAGCCUGGUGCAGGUCUACAAUUUUGUUUCUGGUGUCCUUUGACAGCUCUUGGCCAUAGUGGAGUUUGGAGUGUGACUGUUUGAGGUUGUGGACAGGUGUCUUUUAUACUGAUAACAAGUUCAAACAGGUGCCAUUAAUACAGGUAAUGAGUGGAGGACAGAGGAGCCUCUUAAAGAAGAAGUUACAGGUCUGUGAGAGCCAGAAAUCUUGCUUGUUUGUAGGUGACCAAAUACUUAUUUUCCACCAUAAUUUGCAAAUAAAAUCAUAAAAAAUCCUACAAUGUGAUUUUCGGGAUUUUGUUUUCUCAAUUUGUCUGUCUUAGUUGACGUGUACCUAUGAUGAAAAUUACAGGCCUCUCUCAUCUUUUUAAGUGGGAAAACUUGCACAAUUGGUGGCUGACUAAAUACUUUUUUUCCCCACUGUACAACUUUAAUGUAGUAUCGUAUCGCUGGUCUUUCGACCCUUUUAGACACAUAAAAUACAUCAGCGUUUUUUAAAUACAUUUAAAAACUGGUAAAUAUUAAUCAUUUAAUUUCUGUACUUCUACAAAUCAAAAGCUAUUUCUUCCAAAGUCUCUCUGUGCUCUGUUGCAUCAUGUCAGCAUUACCUAUGAGAAAAGGACCAAAACCCGACCCAUCAGACAAACUGGCAGCUAUAAACAUCAGCUGAAUUUCUUCCCUCUGGAACACAUGACCUCAUUUGAUCUGAGUUUCAGGUUAAUGAAUCUAAUUAAAUGGCUUACCAUUGUGCUCUCAGUCUUCUCCCAGGACCUGAAAUAUAUUACACCACUGGUUUCUAAAGCAGGGAAACAAUGGCUGCAGUGGGAAGUGUCCUGGACAGAAAGAAUAGUGGUAUCGUCAUGACUACCCAGGUGCACUGUGAGAGAUUUUUCUAGAAUAACAAACUGUAGAUGAUGUCAUGUCUCUCUUCACUAAUAAAUCAUGAAUGUCCACCAGAAACUGAAUGUCCUCUUUAUGUAAAAAAUGUUCACUUCACACAUUUUCACACAUCUUUUUCCUCCUCUCUUCCCCAGAAUGACAUAUAUGAGUGGGCGAGAGACCACCGCGUGCACCACAAGUUCUCAGAGACGGAUGCAGACCCCCACAAUGCAACACGAGGCUUUUUCUUCGCUCACAUUGGCUGGCUGUUUGUGCGUAAACACCGUGAUGUCAUCGAGAAGGGAAAGAAGCUGGACGUCACUGACCUCUUGGCUGACCCCGUGGUCCAGUUCCAGAGAAGGUGGGUCCACUGCCCCAUUUCACAUUGACCUUUAGCCCUAGCUGUAGCCCUGUGUGAUUGACCAGAACACAACACCACCCUAACUCUGCACUUGUUUUACUGUAAGUUGAAUGCAGAUAUCAUGAGUUACUCUGUAUAAGAGCUGUAAGAUAUUCUCUCCUCUCCUUUCCUAUUCUCUCCUCUCUUCCCUCGCUUCUCCUCUCAUCACCCCUCCUCUCCUCUUCUCUCUUCCCUCUCUUCUCCUCUCCCUUUCUACUAUAUUUUAUCCCAGGUACUACAAGACCUCAGUCCUGAUCAUGUGCUUCUUGGUUCCCACCGUGGUUCCGUGGUACUUUUGGGGUGAGACGCUGUGGAACUCCUACUUCCUAGCAUCCAUCUUGCGUUACACCGUCUCGCUCAACGUCACCUGGCUGGUGAACAGCGCCGCCCACAUGUACGGGAACCGACCGUACGACCAGAACAUCAGCCCCCGCGAGAACCGCUGGGUCACCUUCGGAGCCAUCGGUGAGUCUGGCUAUGACCUGUUAUUACAUGUUAUAACUCCUAUACAAUAUCUUAUACUGUGGUGACUGAUAAUGUUGUUAUAUCUAUGGUCACUCUUCAUUACUGCUUUGACUUGUCUGAUAUAUUGUCUGAUAUUGUAAGAUUAAUGGAUUGAAAUUACUGGAACUGUAUGCAAAAGAAUACAUAUAACAUUUGUACUUCCACUCCCCACCUAUCCCCCAUCCACAUUCCCCUAGGUGAGGGUUUCCAUAACUUCCACCAUACUUUCCCCUUUGACUACUCUACCAGUGAGUUCGGCCUGCGUUUCAACCCCACCACCUGUUUUAUCGAUCUCAUGUGCUGGAUGGGCCUAGCCAGCAACCGCAAGAAAGCCUCAGUGGAAAUAAUACAGUCCAGGAAACUAAGGACAGGGGAUGGGAGCUACGGAGCAGUCAACAGUACACAAGAGAAAGAAGCAUGA